CGCUUGAGCCUUUAUAUAGCGUCAUUUGACACAUCCCGCCAAGGGGGCUUGAAGCAGACAGAGCACAUCUGCUGAGCCCGACUCCAAACGUAUGGCGAGCAGCAUGAGGGCACUGCUACUGACGUGCAUGCUGCUGGCCUCGCCGUGGCUGGCCACUGCCGCUUCCCCUCGCUCAGACACCCAGCUCAGCAACUUCUUCGCCAGCUACUUCAAAUCCACGCGAGCCAGGAGAGAGCUGCCUACAGCCGACCAACCAGAUGAUAAGCCCGUCUCGACAGGGGAAGAUGACUCAGGCCUGCCUACUUGUCUACUCUGCGUCUGCCUAACCCGCUCGGUGUACUGCGAGGAGGUCAGUCCGGACAUGACCGCUGUUCCCACCUUGCCCAAGAAGACAGCCUACCUUUACGCACGCUUCAACAAAAUCAAAAAGAUCAACACCGGGGACUUUGCUGACAUCGUGACACUAAAGAGGAUCGACUUGACGGGUAACCUGAUCUCGGAGAUCGAGGACGGGGCAUUCGCUAAGCUGCCGCUACUGGAGGAACUGUCUCUGGCGGAAAACAGGCUGGUCAGGCUUCCGGCGCUCCCCGCCAAGCUCAUGUCAUUCAACGCCAACAACAAUUUCCUAAAGACCAAGGGUGUGAAGGCUACCGCUUUCAAGAAAUUGACCAACCUGGUUAACCUGUACCUGGCUAACAACGAGAUGGAAGCAGUUCCACAAAUCCCUGAGAAGGUUCGGACAUUACACCUCCAGAACAACAACAUCACGGACGUCAACAUCGACACCUUCUGCCGAUCCAAUGACACCUACUACCUUCGACCGAGCCUCAGCGAAGUCCGCUUGGAUGGAAACCCCGUGGUCCUUUCCAAAUAUCCCGACAGCUUCACAUGUUUGCAAGUACUGCCUAUCGGACGGUACCGGUGAAGAACCGCCAGGGUUCAGGAAAAGUUUUGGCCAAAAGUUUCUUCGGUGGACUCAGAAAUAUUUCAGAUUUUUGGGAGGAACUGGUCCGACUCCUCAACAUUACAAAAGACCACAGAGAAAUAGUUUAAGGUCCCCAUGACUUGUCAUUUUGCUUCCUUAUUAAAAGCCAGUCAAUCCGAAAUGGUCUGGAAAAACUAUUUGGAAAGAUUAUUAAUGCCGAGUGCCUCAUUUUAAACGUUAAUUUACAAACCCCACUUGAGUUGAAGCAAGGAAGCAUUUAUCAUCAGUUAUUUAAUCCGCGUAUGAAAUAUGUAGCCCCAACCAAUCUCCUUCAGUAAUAAAUAUGUCUCAUGAAAAUGAUUACCAGUGUGUAUAGAAUUGUGCUUGUACAGA